GCGCUGCCUGGGCUCCGCCGGCUCCGUAAUAACUGAGUGACCUUUUCUUUGGCUGUAUUAUGUCUGGCGGGGAAGGGAUUGCGUUUUGCAGCUGAGAGCUGGGGCUUCCUCCAGCUCGGCUCCAAACGCGCUGCUGGGGUUUAGUUGUCUUAAGCCAGGACGGAAAGAGACAGCUUCGGACUGCAGUUCCCUAAAAGGAGGACACCUGUGGCUCAGAUGCGGUCAACACCAUUACUUGGCGGAUCCUGGAGGACCUCAUUAUUUUAAACUUAAGAAAUAGAGAUUCUCUUCCCCCUCUUUCUUUUUUUCAAACAAUGCUUCUUUUUGACCUUUCCCAAGGAGAAGCGCUACAAAGCAGCCUCUGUGCUCACUGAACGGCCUCCCCCUGUAUUGCUUAAUUGAGAAGGUAUACAAAUGCUCUCAGUUCAGCCAGACACCAAGCCGAAAGGUUGUGCUGGCUGCAACCGAAAGAUCAAGGACCGGUAUCUUCUAAAGGCACUGGACAAAUAUUGGCAUGAAGACUGCCUGAAGUGUGCCUGCUGUGACUGUCGUUUGGGAGAGGUGGGCUCCACCCUGUACACUAAAGCUAAUCUUAUCCUUUGUCGCAGAGACUAUCUGAGGCUGUUUGGCGUAACAGGAAACUGUGCUGCCUGUAGUAAGCUCAUCCCUGCCUUUGAAAUGGUGAUGAGAGCCAAGGACAACGUUUACCACCUGGACUGCUUUGCCUGUCAGCUUUGCAAUCAGAGAUUUUGCGUUGGAGACAAAUUUUUCCUAAAGAAUAACAUGAUCCUUUGCCAGACGGACUACGAGGAAGGCUUAAUGAAAGAAGGUUAUGCACCCCAGGUUCGCUGAUCUAUCAACAUCACCCCAUUAAGAAUACAAAGCACUACAUUCUUUUAUCUUUUUUGCUCUACAUGUAUAUAAGAAUUGACACGGGAACCUACUAAAUAGCGUAGAUAUAGGGAAGCAGGAUGGUUAUAUGGAAUAAAAGGCGGACUGCAUCUGUAAGUAGUGAAAUGGCCCCAGUUCAGAGUCGAAUGUUUAUUAUUAAAGAAAAAAAUGUAAUGUACAUAUUGCUGGAUUUUUUUGCUUGCUAUUCGUUUUUGUGUCACUUGGCAUGAGAUGUUUAUUUUGGACUAUUGUAUAUAAUGUAUUGUACUAUUCGAAGCACAAAUGUAAUACAGUUUUAUUGUGUUACCAUUUGUGUUCUGUUUGCUUCUUUGUAUUGUUGCAUUUAGUACAAUCAGUGUUUAAAAUUACUAUAUAUUUAUGCUUUCUGUAUCUGCCAGCUAUUUUAAAUGAGCUGUGACUUUCUAGUAAAGAGUUGAAGAGCAAAUCUCACUACUGAUACACAGAUAAAGUCGAUUAACGUUUUAAAAAUACUAAAAAAAAAAUAAAGACACACAAAACAUUUUAGUGACAUCCACUACUUAUUAAUGCCACUAUGAUUUAGAGUCUAUCAGUGUUCUCAUUAUGACCCCCUAUUUUCAGGGGGUUAAAAAUCAGCUUUAAAAAUGCAUAAAAUUUUCAUUGUAAAGCACUUUCAUUUUAUACCAACAGAAAAGUGCCAUUUUUAGAAUUUCUUUAAAGUGUAAAAGUUAUCCUCUUAAUAUCAUUUGUGUGUUACUUACCUAUACAAUAGCUUUAGUUUGUUUUAUCAGCAACACCACCUAUGUGAACUAGUGCCUUUGGGUAUCAUAUAAAAUUUUUCCAAAGGGUUACUUUAAAAAGUGUUACCACAAUGAUGGGAUAAUUUUAAAAUGACAAACUAAACUUCUUGUAUAAACAUUGCCUGGAUCUUUGCCCAGGAGCUAGGUUUUAUUAAAUUUAUUACUUAAUCAAUUUAUGGCACUGAAAAGAUCUGAGUGUGAAUCUACUGAAAUCAUGAUAACAUGCAUUGAAGCUCUGAUGGUAUUUAAAUAGCGAAGUUACAGCAAUGCAAUGCUUAUAGAAUGUUCUAGAAGUGAAACAAAGGGACGGAUUAAGAGCUGAGAACUGAUGAUUACCUAUUUUUCUGUAUUUAUUUGCCAUUUAUUUUAAUGUUCAAACAGUGAAUACUUGGAGUUUGUUAUAUUGUCCUUUCUCAUAGCUUUAAGUAAUUAUCAAUUCAGAAUAAUUACAGUUCAGCUGAAAUUCUGUCGUUCUAGUUUUGAAAGGUUAAACGUUAUCCCUGCAUCUAAACAAUGCUGAUAAAGGAAAGAUCUAGACACAGAGAUUAUAGAAAAUGGUUAUUUAAGUAACAGGAAUUAAAAAUGGGAAUAUAAUCACCUCUUCUGGUGGCUCACACUUGCCUAAUGCUACUUAUGGUGGAAAUAAAAUACUCAACAAACCUAGGUCUAAAUAGUCACAUUGAGUUGUAUUUUUCUACAGCAAACUCAGUGCUGUGGCUUUUCUUUAUUUUCUUUUUCUUGAUCACUUAGGAAACAAUAUCUCUCACUGUUAUUUGUAUAAUUGUUUUUCCUGACAAUGUAUGCAAUACCCAUGACAAUUAGAUGUUAUUCCUGAAUCCUGGGUUUGGGGCCAAAAUAUAAAGCUGAAAAUAAUGCUGAUGUAAAUUUGAGUUGUUUCAAAGCAAGGCUUUAUGAUGAACAUGCAUGAGAAUCUAAACAUUGCCUCUUAUUUAAACAAAAAAAUGGUUCUGUGAGGUAUGUGAGAAUGAUGUGUAUUUUUACAGAUGCUUCACGGUUAAGAGUGUUGAAGUCACAUGUCUCCAAAAUUUGAGCUAUAUUGAAGAAAGAAUUUUAAAGCCAGCCAUUUGGGCCCACCAAGUACUUACUAUUUUAGCCUUUGAGCCUUACACUAACUUACAAAUAAAAAACAAAAAUCAAGGGGGAAGAAAAAAACCAAGGAGUGAUUUCUUAUAACAGCCCUGCUACUCUGCAUUAAGAGUUGCAUGUAAUCCAUAGGAAUGUAAACUUUGUCAGUAUCUUUUUCAAAUGAUCUUUUUCAAAUUUAAAUGGUUUUGCAUAUAUGUAAAAAAAAACUAAAACUUGUAAAUUAGGAGCAAAAUUUCCCAGCUUCUUGAAGCUGCUCAACUAUCUUGCCGCUCCAAGACUUGAUGAGACUUUCAGUUUCUUCUUUUGUUUAAUUCUUUAUGGAUUAAUUUUAAUACUUUUUACUCCCCAACAAACUUAAACAUCGGUAUUAAAGAUUAAGCCUUAAUAUGUUUAGAUCACCUUUAAUUGCCAUGAAAUUGUAAAACAAUACAGGAGUAGAUUUUCCAUUGUAGGCUAUUUUACAGCUAAUUGCCCAUAAAUAGUAGCAUUUUGACCUGAAGUCCUAAGCUCAUUUUCUUGACUACUCACAGCCCCUUAAUUGUUGUCAACUUCCCCCUUUGUGUUGUGUAGCCCUGACAUCACUGAGCUUGUUACCCUGAGCUCCACAAGGAGACCUUCUCUGAGCCCUGAGUGGAGCUUGAUUUUCUCAAGCAGCAAGAGCCCACCUGACCUUGCUUUCCUACAGGCUGCUUGUGACACAGGAAAGGCGAUCGAUCUCCAGUUCACCAUCUUGCUGAGUUGCAAAGCUGACCUGUGUUUGUAAUUUCACUUUCAUCUUGCUUAAUAAAUAUCUGCUGGCUUCUUUCAUUCA